AUGUCCGUGAGUAACAUGGAAGUUGCAAUUUUCGGCGCGACGGCGUGUGCUGCGGUUUUUGCGCAGUACGCUUUUAUAAGAUGCGGCAUGCACGGCUCCUUCACUAGCGCGUCCUGGCCAGAGGCGAGCCUCCCAGACGUUCAGAAUAUCACGCGCGUUUCUAAUCUCGUACUCUCCGUGUACGAGCGGGAUCUAACGGAGCCUCGUUUCAGCGAUGCCGUAGGGCCAGCGCGCAUAGUGAAAUCCGUUUCGUACGAUGACACGAGAGGGCAGUGCCCGCCGUACACCGUUUUCCUCGAUCCUGACGCCAAGGAUGUAUGCGUCGCGAUUCGCGGCCUUCAUCUCACCCACGAGGCGGAUUACGCCGUCUUGCUCAACAACCGAACGGGGCAGCAGAGGCUUGAAGAUGGAUUCGCUCACAAGGGCCUACUUCAAGCAGCGCAGUGGUUGCUUGAACGAGAGGCUGACACCUUAAAGGAGUUGCUACAAGCGAAUCCGGGGUUUACCCUGACACUCAGCGGUCACUCGCUUGGCAGCGGAAUAGCCUCCCUGCUCGCCAUUCUCCUUGCAAGCUCGCCAGAUCGAAUUGGCUUUCUGCCGCCUGGGAAGCUCCACUGCUUGGCCUUCGCACCGCCAAGGGUUGUGUCUCUUAACCUGGCUGUUAAAUACUCUGACGUCAUCACCUCUGUUGUCCUUCAGGAUGAUUUUCUUCCCCGGACAGCUUUGCCUCUUCAGCUUAUUUUCGGGGCUGCAUUGUGCUUACCAUGUCUCCUAGCGUUCUCAUGUAUGAAGGACACGCUUGUUCCAGCCUGGGUGCUUCAUCGAAAUCCUGCACGCUUGUACAUACCAGGGAGAGUCCUUCAUAUAGUUUACACCAAGUUUUGCAGUUGUGCUUCCCUCCCUCCAGUUGUGAAGGAGGCAGUGCCCAGGGAAGAGAGGUUUGAGCAUCUUGUGUGCUCGAUGAAUGCUCUUCAGGACCACUCUUUGGUCCGUCUUCGAGCCAAGGCCCAAGGUGCCACUGCGAAAGCGGAAACCAAGAGAGCCGAUCCCGACACGAUAGCUCGCAUGUGCGAAGGCCGGUACAUCUACAUGUAUAACCUGCCUGCGAGAUUCAACAAGGGUGUGCUGGCCAAGUGCCGUAACCGCGACGACACGGGCGAGCGCUGCGCGGAGCUCAGCUCCAUGGGCAUGGGCGUGCCGUACAACUCCAAGAAGCUGGAGUACGCGGGCGUGGCGCACUGGUGGCGCACGUCGCUGUACAACGCGGAGCUGCUGCUGCACCACCGCCUACGCAACCACCUCUGCCUCACGCCGCACCCCUCCAAAGCUCACCUCUUCUACGUCCCCUUCUACCCCGGGCUGCAGCUGGAGCACGUGCUGGGAUUCUCCAACACCACAAUAGACGAGUACUAUGACGACUUGGCGCAGUGGAUUCGCCGCCAACCCGCCUUCAAGCGGUACGGCGCCAAGGACCACUUCUUUGGGCUGGGCCGCACCACGUGGCUCUUCCGCCGCUCCCUCUCCCCCGUGCUGGAUGGCGCUAACCUGGAGCAGAUGCCCGAGUUCAUGCCCAUGAUGAAGCUGGAGGUGGAGCGCUACGCCUGGGACGACCAGGACUCCUUCGGGCUGCCCUUCCCCACGGACUUCCACCCCAUCUCCACCAAGCAGCUGCGCCGCUGGCAGGCCACAGUGCGCAGUGCCAAGCGUCCAUACCAGUUCGCGUGCAUCAUCCCGCCAGACAGCAAGGAGCCCGAGGCCGCCACCAAGACACGCGCAGCGGUGGUGCAGCAGUGCCAGUCGCCGUCCACCUCGUGCGCCCUGCUCAACUGCAGCCGCGGCGACUGCAGUCACGAGCAAGUGAUGGACCUCUACCUCUCGGCGCAGUACGCGGUGCAGGACGGCAGCAACUUCGGGCUGCGCUACCUCAUGGACUCGCUUGUGGCGGGGGCCGUGCCCGUCAUGCUCUGGAACCGCACCUACGCCCUCUACCAGCACCACUUCCCCUCCAACCCCGACUCCUUCUCCGUGUAUCUGCCGUACAUUGACGUGCCCGAGUGGACCACAGUGGAGCACCGCCUCUCAAAGGUCGCCCCAGCCCGCUACCGAGCGCUGCAGCUGCAGGUGAUCCACAUGAUCCCAUCGCUCAUCUAUGUGGACCCCUCACACGUCCUCUCCAAUGUGCGCGAUGCCGUUGACAUUGCCAUCGACCACAUGGUCGACCUCUGGCGCGACCGCAAGGCUCGGCACGAGUAUCCCAUACCUCCCACAGCCACCGAGCCUGCUGGCACAGGCACGGAGACUAAAGAGGAAGGGGGUGGCAAACGAUUGGAAGAUGCGACACUGGGCGAAUUGAGUGGAGGUGGUGAGCGUAAUAGUGCUUGCUCGCUGGCGGCGUUUCAAAUGAAUUCCGCCGUGCUGCCGUCGUCGCAAGCCGUCGCACAGUCGCCCAUGCACCGCCUCGGUAGCAUCCUGCGGGCGGUCCGGUCCGCUCGGCCUAUCGCAGCGGCCCAUGGCGCGCCGUUCUUGCGAGACGGUCCCGUUUCCGUCCCCGCUACAAGCCGACUGCCUUUUUCGGGCAAAAAUUCGUCAGUCGUUCCCGUUGUACAUGCAUUAGGAGGCAGCAACGGCACUUACCUGUCCUCGCGACGCGUAGAUGUUCCAACCAGUCUACGGAGCCUUAGUGGCGGUUUUAUUCCAUCACCGCCUGCGACUGGGUACGCGCUAAGAGCAGGUCCAGGUGAGCUCGUUAGGGCGUUUGCGUCGAAAAGCGAUGCCGCGACGGGGGGAAGGGACAACGAUGGCAAAGUUGAAGCUAGUUCCGGGCGGGGGAGCAGCGGAGGAGGUGGGGACGAUGCGGGGAAGGAAGUGCGCGGCGAGGGGGCCGGUGGCGGAAGCGGCGGCGCAGGAGGCGCGAGUGACGUGGACUUCAUGGCGGCGGUGAUUAUCGACGAGGGACUGGCGGCGGAAUUGGCAGCGCGCGGGCAAACGGAGAAAUGGAAGGCCUUGGCGGAGGAGCUGCGCCUGGAUGCGGCGUCCGCGCUGGCGCUGGCGAUGGAGGAGUUUGAGGAGGUGCAGAGCGGUUCCGGGGUGGCGGCUGCGGAGAUGUCGGUGCUGCUGUGCACGGACGCUUAUAUCAGGGAGCUCAAUCGCGAGUGGCGGGGUGUAGAUGCGCCCACGGACGUCCUCUCUUUCCCCCAAGACCAGCCUGCCGGGCUCUCCCCUCUGUUGCUUCUAGGCGAUGUGAUUAUAUCGGUGGAGACGGCACAGCGGCAAGCCAAUGAGAGAGGGCAUUCGCUCUUGGACGAGCUUCGCAUUCUCAUGGUGCAUGGCAUGCUGCAUCUGCUAGGGUACGACCACGAGGCGCCCAAGGGAACCCCGCAGGGCGCUGCUGACUCAGCGAUGUCAGAAGCUGAGCUGGUGGCGGCGGUGCGUGAGUCAGCGGAACAGAUGGCAACAGAGGAGCAGCGGAUUUUGGAGGCCUUUGCGUGGCGGGGAGUGGGGUUGGUGGCAGCUUCUAUUGGGGAAGAGUGGGGAGGGGCGGCAGAGGGGAAGGAGGGAAAGGGAGAGGGAGGAGAGGAGGGAGGAGAGGAGGGAAGAGGGGAGGGAGGAGGGGAGGAGGGUGAGAAGGGGGGUGUGAAGGCGAGGAUGACAAGGAUUGGCAUGGUGCAAGGGUGGACAAGAUUUGUGACAGUAACGGGGGAGGGAGAAGAAGGGGCGCUCGAGGAAGGAGGUUCGGGAAAGCACAAGGGGAAACACAAGGGAAAGCACGGGAAGGGGAAGGAGGGGAAAGGGAAGGAGAAAGGGAAGAAGGCUGAGAAGGUUCUUGAUGUGGCGGCGGAGAAGGAGAGAGAGCAUAUGAAGGGCAGAGAGAAGGAGAAGGAGAAGCGAGAAAAGAGGCGGACCAAGAAAGCCCCUUUCCAGCUUCUCUUGUGCGAUAUGGAUGGCACGCUGCUCAACAGCGCCAGCAAGAUCGCUCCCUCUACAGCGGAGGCCCUGAGAGCAGCACACGCGAGGGGCGUGCGAGUGGCCAUAGCCACGGGCAAGGCGAGACCAGCUGCCAUGUCUGCUCUGGGCGCUGCUGGGCUGGUGGGAUCUGCUGGCAUCUUCAGCGACAAGUCCCCAGGGGUGUUCCUGCAGGGUCUGAGGGUGUAUGGCAAGGGAGGCCAGGUGGUGCACAACGCGCUGCUGCCCAACGAGGUCACUCAGGAGGGUUUUGAGUUCGCGCUGAAGCACGGCAAGGCACUGAUUGGCUUCUGUGGGGACCGCUGCGUGACACUUGUCGAUCACCCAUUGGUGGAGGCGCUACACACCAUCUAUUACGAGCCACGGGCGGAGGUGAUGCCGAGUGUCCACCACAUUAUGAACGAGACUCCCAUCCAGAAGCUACUGUUCUACGACACGCCGCACGGCAUUGACGGCUUUAUUCGUCCUUUCUGGUCAGCCGCUACAGCUGGCCGUGCUACAGUGACCCAGGCGGUGCCGGACAUGCUGGAGAUCCUGCCAUCCGGGCAAUCCAAGGGCGCAGGAGUGCGAGUGCUGCUGGACCAUCUCGAGCUCUCUGCUGAGCAGGUUAUGGCAAUCGGAGAUGGGGAGAACGAUCUUGAAAUGAUUGAGAUGGUGGGUUGGGGAGUGGCUAUGGCGAACGGUUCUGAGAAGACCAAGGCUGUUGCGAAGGCCACAGUUGCAAGCAAUGACGAGGAUGGUAUUGCAGAAGCAAUUGAGAACGGUAUCAUCCGCGAUCCAAUGGCCAUGGACACGUCUGCUGCCGCGCAUCCCGCGCAGUUGUCCCUCCCCACCACGCCAGAACCGAGCUUCCGUGUUUCGCGGAGCGCAGGGAACGUGCAGGAAUCCGCGAAUGGCUCGAGCGCCGCGUCGACGCCGCGAAGCCACAAGGAGAUGGAGGCGCUCGCGUACUCGUCCGGCCAGAGCCUGGCGUCGGUUCUUAACGACCCGCGCCUCGGAAAGGCCGGAAUCUACGGAACCGAGAACGCGUGGACCUGGAUUACCGCGCAGCGACCGGUGGAACCGGCUUUAGAGGGUCCUCCGCCUUUGCCGCCGGAAAUUCAGGAUUUUCCCAUGUCGGAAUUUCAGCCCUAUUUGCAGCGGAUGCGGGAGCCGUAUGGGCGAUUCGUGGACGUGCAGGAGCAUUCCACGUGGGAGUUGGCCACUGGAGAAGCACCCGUUAAAGAAAUCUCUUCCCGCUCCGACUCGUUCUUCGAAGCCCUGGAAAAACUGGAAGAUCUGAACCGUGGGAUCGUGGAGACGUGCGAUCGCAUCCGUCAGUUGCGCGGCACGGUAGGCAUGCUGGACGAGGAUCUGCUGGAAGGAUCGCGGAAGCUGCAGGCGACCAAGGUUCGGCGGGAGAAUCUGCUGCAGCUGCAUCAGAAGCUGAAGCUAGUGGCGUUCGUGCACCAGGCCAUGGCGACGCUGAAGCUGCUGGUGUCAUCGGGCGACUGUGCGGGCGCGCUGGACGUGAUGGACGACCUCAGGCGUCUCAUGGACGGGCAGGAGCUCGCAGGGCUGCACUGCUUCCGCCACCUCAACCACCUCCUCCUCUCCUCCUCCGAUGCCGUCAAUAGUCUCCUAACAGCCGACUUUGUGAGGGAAGCCGUGCACGAUGCUGCUGACGUGGCUCCUUCCGCUAUAGUCACCAGCUUCAACCUCCAGAAGAGCGUGCCCCCCGCUGAAACGCUACUCUCUAUAGUCAACCUCGAGCGAGAGGGCAUGGAGGAGAGGGAGGCCCGUCUGCGAGAGCAUCUGCUGCCGCUCGUCAUCAGCCUGCUGCGCACAUCCCGCCUGCCCGCAGUGCUGAGGGCCUAUCGAGACGCAGUAAAUGCGGACAUCAAGGCGGCCGUGAAGACAGUGGUGGGCGAGCUGCUGCCGCUGCUCUUCCUGCAGCACGCCGCUGCUGCUGCUGGCGGGGCGGCGGGUGGUGCAGGAGGAGAAGGGGGUGAGGCUGCAGCGGAUGCGCUCAACGCGCCAUCACUGGCCCUCAAGCUCCGUGCCCUGGCCCCGCCCGCCUUUGUCCACUUGCUGCUGGCCGUCUUCUCUGCCGUCCAGACCCGCCUUGUGCGGGCGGCAGCCGUUCGGAACGUAGUGUCCAGCAUCGCCACCGCCGGAGCUGCUGCCGGUGCUGCAGCUGUGGCCGCCGAGCCUGCCGCCCUCGCAGGCUCGGAGGGGUACGAGGCUGCUGCCGUGGCUGCGGCGUUUGCUUCGGGGGCAGAACUAGUGGUGGCUGCCGAGGCGGCUGAGUCGAAUCUGUUGGGGAGGAAAGGGGUGGGGAAAGGCUUGGGAGGGGGAGGGGCGACAGGAGGUGGUGGGGGAGCAGCAGGGAGCGGAGAGGCAGUAGGGGGCGAUGUGAGCAGCGUGGCUGCUUUAGCCACGUCCAAGCAGCUCAGAGCGGACGUGUUGAGGGAGAAUGCAGAGGCAGUGAGCGAUGCAUGUGAGGUGGCGCAUGGGCGGUGGGCGAAGCUGCUGGGCGUGCGAGCACAGGUGCACCCGAAGCUGGCUCUGGGGGACUUUGUGGACAUGUACGCUGUCACCUCCGACUUCAUUGCAUCCACUGAACGGGUGGGCGGCCGCCUGGGCUACAGCAUACGGGGUGCGCUGCAGUCGCAGGCCAAGGCGUUUGUGGAGACACACCACUCGCGGGAGAUGGCGCUCAUCCUCUCCCUCCUAAACAAGGAGACAUGGACGGCUGUGGAUGCCACUCCUCACACCCAAGCCCUCGUCGACUUCUUCUGCACCUUCCUGGAUCCUUCCGCCGAGGCCGCCGCUGCUGCUGCUGUUGCUGCUGCUGAUGCUGCUGCUGCCACAGCUGCUGCUGAUGCCGCUACUGUUGCUGCUGAUGAGGCUGCCGCUGCUGCUGCUGCUACUGCUGCUGCCGCUGCUGCUGCUGCUGCUGUUGAUACGACUGCUGCUUCUGAUGCUGCUGGAUCUGCUGUGGAUGGGUACAGGGGUGCAGAUGAGGCUGUGUGUGACACAGUAGCGGUCAAUGGUCCGGUGACAGGUGGCACUGUGGCGAAUAACACGGAGACAGGUGGUGGUUUGGCACAGGCUGGAGCAGAGGGGGCCAAGGCACAGAAGAGAGCAGCUGUGAAGACUGUUGUGUGCCGGGGAGUGAAGUACCACGUCACUGGCAGUGCUUCCACGCUGCUCUCAGUCACCAGAGAGUACGUGGCAGUGGCAGAGGCGCUACCAUCACUCUCAGGGGAGGUGGUGCAGCGCCUGGCCGACCUGCUGAAGCUCUUCAACUCGCGCACCUGCCAGCUCGUGCUGGGUGCGGGCGCCAUGCAGGUGUCAGGGCUGAAGACCAUCACAGCCAAGCACCUCGCUCUCUCCAGUCAAUGCAUCUCCCUCGUCUAUGCUCUUAUCCCCGACCUGCGGCGCAUUCUCUCUGCCUUCAUCCCAGACGCGCGCCGAGGGCUCGUCAUAACACACCUUGACCGCGUGGCUCAGGACUACAGGGUGCACAGGGAUGAGAUCCACAGCAAGCUGGUGGCGAUCAUGAGGGAGCGCCUGCUGGUGCACCUGCGAUCGCUGCCCGCAGUAGCUGACACCUAUAGCCGCCCGGAUGACUCCCCUGCCGAGCAACAGCCCUCCAACUUCGCCCGCGCUCUCACCAAGGAGGUGGGCGUGCUGCAUCGCAUCCUCUCCCCUCUGCUGCUUGAGGCUGACCUUCGCUCCAUCUUCUCGCGGGUGGUGGCGCUGUUCCACGUGCAGCUUGCCGACUCCUUUGCCAAGAUCGACACGCCCACGCCGCAGGCCAAGCGCAGAAUGUACCGAGACGUGGAUCUCAUUCUACAGUGCAUGCGGUCGUUACCUGGUAACCCACCGACGUCCUCUUUUGACGGGCGGCAGAGAGAGCUUGACCAAUUUGUGCUUUCUAGGUCUCCGAAAGUUUCAGCCGCCACCUUUCAAGCUGGCAAAAAAAUAAUUUCAGCACCCCCUUCUUACAUACCAAGGUCUUCGUUCGAGAACAAGCUGUUUCAAAAUUUCCUUCGCGGAGACGAGCGGGCGAAGAUGAUAGCCUUUCCCGCCAUGCCUCCACCGCACAUGAUCAUGUCAGCAGGCAACCCGGUUUCGGUUAGAGCAGUCGACUUAAUUCCUCGUGAUGGCCUACCGCAUGAGACUUAUCGCAUGGCCCUAGGCACGUUGAUGAGCUCGCUAGCUCGAUUCAACUACGCGAUCAUUCAGAUGCCACCUGGCGAUGAAGCUCUGGUCCGAUACACGCUAGACUCCUCGCGCGUUUAUUUCCAAUUUAAGCGGCGACCGUCCCCGGCAAUGCAGUCCAUUCCGAGCGCGGACGACCCCCAGGAGUGGAACCGAACCGCAGGCUACUACUGCGAACCGCAUGUCGGGAAGGAAGUGUACGAGUUCCGACCAGGCGCAACACCAAUCAGCGCUGUUCCGGAGGAUUCCAUCCCUCCCUCAUGUCUUCCAGAUGCGUUUGGGAGCAUGGGAAAGACGUCGAGGACGGUGUUGGAGGCGAUAGGAAGGUCUCUGGACCUGCGCUCCUACACGUUCACGGACCUCCUGGACAACGUUCCUCUCAAGGCCAACGAAAUCUCCUCCUCCGUGCUUUCCGUCACCUGCCAUGGACGCCGCUUUGCCAACGAGACGAUGAUGGAUCCAGCAAUGGACGACAAGGAUCCUCUCCUCAUCCCUCCAGAGGACGCCGAGGCGCGAGCGGAGAAGGGGUUGGUGACGCUGAUCAAGUCGGACCGCCCUGGGUUGUACAUCCGCGACCCGCAGAACCAAUGGCUCCUAGCAGACGCCAACCUCGGCCCCAACGACCUUAUACUCAUUACCGGAUUAACUUUAUAUCAGGCCACAGGCGGCUACGUCAGCCCAGCGCUCUACAAAACGGACCUGGCGAGCGCGUCCGUGGGCAUGCAGGUGCCCGAGGGGCGCGCGUCCGUGUUCUUCCGCCUGCUGCCGCGCGCGUCCUCCAUCAUCCACUGCUCCGCCAUGGCGGCCUCGGGGCACGCGAUUGCAGGGCCGUUCCAACAGCCGGUGGCGGUGCAGGACUUCAUGCUGCGGCAGCACCCCAUCGACCAGAUUGCCGCUGCCUCGUACAAUGGACUGCUGCGUCCCAUGGGCAUGGGCGCCGCCAUGCCCAUGGUCGAACCAGGGUCACCGAACGUGCGGCGGCGCAAGAAGCAGCGCAUGAUGGGCAGCGACGGGCGGUCACUGGCGCCGUCGAAGCGGCUGCGCAUGGAGGCACAGCGCGUGCUCAAGGAGAAGGUGCAGGACCUGGCGGACGCCAAGGGCAUCAAGAUCCGCUUCUGCAACCUCAAGGAGUGUGAGGAGCAGCACAUGGCGAUGGAGGAGCCGCCGUGCUCGUACCUGCGGUUGCAGCUGGGGUGGCCAGCCAACGUGCCCUUUGUGCACCCGCACGACCUGCCCAACCGCGCCAAGCAGGCCUUCCUUGAGGCCUACGAGCCCGGCUGGUCUGAGCGCCAGCUCUCCGAGCCCAUGGGCAUUGAAGUCGGCACCACGCCCAAGCGCGUCCAAGCAGAGACGUUCAUGGACCCCAUAGGGCCGGAUGCCAAGUUCUCGACGAGGGCGGUGUACGAGUACCUGCGCACCAACAACAAGCCCGUGCCCACCGGCAAGCCCCAGGUCGUGGGCCACAAGGUCGACAUCCCGCUGCUCUGCCGCAUCGCCUUCGAGGCCGGCGGCAAGGAACAGUUUGAGCAGAUCAACGGCUUCCAGCGCUUCAUAGCGGAGACGUUUCAUCUGGAUGGAGCAACGGAGAAGGAGAAGGAGCGCGCACUGGAGCGGCUGCGCAAGCUGUAUGAGCAGGUGCUGGCGGACUAUGUUGAGACACUCGUUGCCAACCAUGCCAUGGGCAUGGCUGCUGGGGGCGCAGGGCAGCAGCACAUGGGUGGGGGUGAGCAGCAGCAGCAGCAGCAACAACAACAGCAGCAGCAACAGCAGCAGCAGCAACAACAGCAGCAGCAGCAAGUGCAAGUGCCUCAAGAAGGGAACAUGCAGCAGCAGCAAGAGCAACAACAGCAACUCAUGGCGAUGUGA